AUGUCCUCCCUUGCUCCAUUUUGUUUCGCAUCACGUGGCAUGAGGGGACCAAUCGAGCCUGUUGCUCGUGGCUGUCGGUCCACAGAUCCAACCCACCCCAUUCUACUCUACCACCCCAGUCUGGCUUGGUCCCGAGUACCGACCCUCAGGACGUGUAGGGGAACGGGGAUGGGGGCGCUGGGUCCGGGAAGAGCAGUAGAUGAGCAAAGAGGAGAAGAGGACUUGCCUGCUCUUGGCGCCUUUGAAAUGCGGGACUCUGACGUCGGAAUGUGGGACUCGGACCUCGGGACGUGUAAUUCGGGCGAUGCUGCAGACGGACGGAUAGAUCCGAGGCGUAGCGAGGCGAAGCAGAACCGUGGGUUGGGCACGUCGGGAGAGGCCCGGCAGGAACCACGGGCUAGGGGCACAAGCGAUAAAUACGAGGUAAGAAGGAGACGGGCGCCGCCGUCACGUGAGGCGCGACGAGGUGGCGGUCAAGGUGGGACGUCGACCAAAAAGCGACAGGGCUCCACUCCGAGUUCCAUGCAGCCAGGCCUGCCUUAUAUUGACUUCAUCUUCUUUACUCGUCUGGCGUCACUGCCACCUUUGCUCUCUUUCUCUCUAUUUCUCCCCUUAUCUCCUGCAAUUAGUGUAUCUUUUAACCGCUUUCCCUAA